AACGAUCAGCCGGGAUGACCCUUGACCUGAGUCAGGCAUAACACGGGACAGGCCUACAAGUACAACUACAAGUGAGCGUGAAAGCCGUCCGAAUUCUGCCCGAAAUUACAGAUUAACUAGACCUCAGAAGGUGAUCCUUCGUGUCCUUGUUGAGGUUCAGGGAUGGACUAUACAUGUAGCUGUCUCGCAAUGCAACUGAUCCAUUGACUGGCUUGAAGAUGACUGACACUAAGGAGUUGGUGCCCCUGGAUUUGUCCAUGGAUUCAUCAACGUGUAGCAGGGGAUCCCAAGCUUCACUUCGCCAUAGACAGACGAGGCACAUAGCAGACUGGGCAGCGUGUGGCUUCAGAAGUCAAGCAAGCUGUGAAUUCGGCAGCAUUCAGUUCUUCAAAGGUGCUCAGAAACACAAGAAAAAUAGCAAGUUCCUGAUCGUUGACACCAGGGAGUCAGCUGACCCUUUGCUGAGAGUUCUCCUCGAGAAAUGGCAACUGGACUUGCCCAAGCUGCUGAUCCAUUUAGUAGGAGCAAAGAGACAGACAGGAGUGGAGUAUAGCAAGAUGAUGGGCAAGACGUUCUCCAAGGAACUGAUUGAUGCCAUUCAUCACACUGAUGCCUGGCUUCUGACCAACGGUCUCCACCAUGGUAUCACGGAAAGUGUUGGGAAGGCCCUUGUGGAUGCCACUAAAAUUGCCAGUACAGAUCAGCAUCAGUUGGUUGCGAUAGGCAUGGCUCCUGCGAUUGCCAUAACACACAUUGAGAAUCUGCAACAGUCAGUGGGUGGUCCCGUGGAAUAUCAGAUGGAAAUUCUCGACGGUGAUUCAGAUACCAGUACCUGCCUGCUGGACUCAAGCCAUACACACUUCAUUAUAGAGCAAGACAGGUGUCAGGAUGGUGCGGUGUCAGAGCCACUACUCGCUGCUCUCAUUGAUAAGAUCGCACAGAGCAAGAUACAGCAGACUAAUGCCACCGUGCCUGUGGUGUAUGUGCUGUUUGGUGGGGAUGAGGACAGCCUUCUUGCCGUCCACAGCGCAGUGGUUAUCAGGAACAUCCCUGUCAUCAUUGUAGCUGGCUCAGGGGGCGUGGCGGACCGGCUAGCGGCAGCUGUUCAAUCCAACUAUAGUACCUCAGCUGAAGAGGACAAUGCAUCCAAGAUUCAAGAGAUCAUGCACCCGUCUCGUGCUCAUCUUGUGACGGUGUACAGAGAGGAUCAGGGAAUGGAUGCAGCGCUCUUAAUGUCACUCAUGAACACCAAUCGGGGUGCAAGAGGUCAGAAUGAACUUCUGCUUGCGGUGAUCUGGAACCGCAUUGACCUGGCGAGGAAAGAACUUGCCAUGAACAAGAACUGGAUAGACCAAUUCCAAGAGAUCCAGUUGGCCGAGUCAUUGCAGUAUGCCCUCAUCCAUGAUCAGCAUAAGUUUGUGGAGUUUUUCCUUGACAGGGACUGCAUUGAUCUUCAGACAUUCCUGACGAGGGAGCGCCUCAUAGAUCUCUACAGUCAGGUUGGCGCUCGAACUCUCCUGUGGAAGUUGCUAAUUGACGAAAGAAAGGCAAACCCGAUCAGCAGCAAACCCGAUCUUAAAGAUGUGGGCAACAUCCUGAAGAGUCUGAUUGGGCUCAACAGCUUCAAUCCGGAGUAUUUGAGGAAUGACGUUGAAGACACCUUCAGCAAACCGUACCAUGAGCUGUUGGUCUGGGCUGUUCUGCAGCAUCGCAAGAACAUGGCCUGGGUGCUUUGGAAGCAUGGCGGGACGUCCAUAGGGGGCGCUCUCCUGGCCAGCAAGCUACUGAAGAGCAUGUCGAGACUCGUCAAUGAGCCUGGCAUCGCGGACGAAAUGCUUCAGCAUGGCCGAGAGUUCCAAGACAGAGCCAUCAAGGUGAUGAACUGUUGCUACGCAGAGAACCAGCAUGCUACGUGGCUCUUACUCACUCAGGUCCUCCCUGAUUGGGGUAACGCCACCUGUCUGGAGUUUGCCUUCGCCGCUAAGAACAAGCUGUUCAUCAGCCAGGCAGCUGUGCAGAACCUCCUGCAGAAGCUGUGGAUGGGGAGGCUGGCUGCGGACACAGGUCUCAUGGCGAUGUGGAUCUGUACGCUGAUUCCCUUUGCCGCUCUGAGCCUUGUGAAGUUCACCCCCAGCGACAAGCUUGCCAAACCCACAGUGAAGGUAGUACCUUCUUCACCCAACAGAGGGGUGUAUGCGGUAUCAGGAAUCCCGAACAAUAGCUACCGGUACCUGGAUGAAGCUGACGGUCAGUACAAGUCGCUCCAGAGAAGUUUGUUCCCCAAGCUGACCCCAGAGGCACUAAAUCAACCCUCCCCAAUCUUCUGGUUGACUAAGCUCUUGCUGUUCUUUAAGGCUCCGGUCAUUGGCUUCAGUUAUCACCUGAUAUCCCACCUGUUGUUCCUUCUAGUGUUCAGCUACAUCCUCCUUAAGGAUUUCACCGACCACCAGUCCCUCUUGGAGAUUUUUCUCAUGAUCUGGGUGGUCACUCUCAUCUUUGAAGAGCUGCGAGAGUUUUUGCAGGAGGACUAUGAUUCAGUGAGAGAACGUUUGGAAGCCUGGCUAUGGGGCUACUGGAACCUCCUGGACCUCGUGGCCCUGGUCAUGUUCAGCGUUGGGAUGGCCCUAAGGUACACCCAUGGCACGCUGGUUGGGGCGCGUAUCGUCCUCGCGUUGGACCUCAUUGUCUUCUACCUGCGCAUCCUGCAGUUCUUCUCGGCCAAUAAGUUCCUGGGGCCCAAGCUGAUCAUGAUCGUUAAAAUGAUGGUGGACAUAGUGACGUUCAUCUGUAUCCUCUUCGUCUUUCUGGUGGCCUACGGUGUGGCCUUCCAGUCGAUCCUCUACCCCAAUGAGCAAAGUUCACUGGAAAUUGUUAGGGGAGUCCUGUACCAGCCAUACUUCCAGCUGUACGGGGAACUUUUCCUGAAAGAUAUACACGGGGAUGAGUGUGAGCGCAUGACGUCUGACAUGAUGACCACGCCAGCUUCCACACCGAUUGCUUGCCCCCAGAAUUCUUGGUUUGGCACCAUUGUCCUGGCCUUCUAUCUCUUCAUCAGUAACAUCAUGCUGCUCAAUCUACUGAUCGCUAUGUUCAACUACACCUUUUCCACAGUUCAAGAUAACACGGACACUUACUGGAAGUUUCAGCGCUUCCAGCUCGUCAAGGAAUACUACAUGCGCCCUGUUGUAGCUCCACCGUUUAUUAUCGUCGCCCACGUGUAUCUAGUCCUGAGGUUUUUGUGGCGCCGUUUCUUGUCUCAGAACAAACAGCGGGAUGACUCAUCUGUAAUGAGAAAACAUAUAUACAUCAAAGACCAGCAGCUGUACUCAGAACUGUCUUCAUGGGAAACAGUGAAGGGAAAGGACUUUCUUGCAGCUGCAGAGAAGCAGCAUGACAAGGACGUACUACGUCGCAUCAAACAAACCAACAAAAGACUGGAUGAAAUGAGUGCAAACAGUGGAGCAGAGGACAGAGGUUUGAUGCAGAGGUUGGACUCGAUGCAGACGCAGGUUGACAGGAGACUGACAGCAAUUGAAACUCAGAUGAAUGGGCUAGAACAAUUACUCAGAAAUGUGUGCGGCAUGCACCUGUCAGCAGGCCCUUCGGGCGCCUUGACAGCAGAUCAACACCCAGCACAGCAGGGCAUAUAACACCUGUACUCAACCCAGGGUCUUGAAUGUGUAAGCCCUACAAUCCUCAUGGAUGAUAGGUCAUCCAUUGGAAUAGGUCAAUGCAUCUGCUGAAGGCUAUAGCUGCAUCCAGCAUUCUCCAUGAGCCACUUUGAUCUGCUUGGUCACUAAGGGGUUCACGCCUGUAAAUAGUUCAAAAAUCCGUCUGCAGAGCUCAUAAAUGAAAGUUAUACCCUCAAAAUAUUCUAUAUUAGAGAGUUUUGAGAGCCAUAAAAUUGGGGAAUUGAAGAGAUAUGGUAAUGAACCUCUGGCCCGGACUUGGGGCUUCCA